GAUAUUGCAUUCAUUGAUCAUUUUUCUCUCUAUAUAAAAAGCACCCGGUUCUGCGUGUUCUUGCAACAACAACAACACCCUCAUAAUUGCAAACAUCAGAAAGAAAAAAUGAAUUCCCUUCGUCUCACUAUAUGUUGUGUGGUGGCAGUGCUUGGAGCACUACCACACUUCUCAUUUGCACAGCUAGAUCCUUCAUUUUACGAUAGCACUUGUUCAAAUGUAAGUUCAAUUGUACGUGAGGUGCUCUCAAAUGUUUCUCAAUCUGAUCCCCGCAUACUUGCAAGUCUCAUCAGGCUCCAUUUUCACGACUGUUUUGUUCAGGGGUGUGACGCAUCAAUUCUGUUGAACGACACGGAUACGAUCGUGAGCGAGCAAAGUGCAGCGCCAAACAACAACUCCAUAAGAGGUUUGGAUGUUGUGAACCAGAUCAAAACAGCAGUGGAAAAUGCUUGUCCCGGCACAGUUUCUUGUGCUGAUAUUCUUGCUCUUGCAGCUCAAAUAUCUUCUGAUCUGGCUAGUGGUCCUGUUUGGGAAGUUCCAUUGGGAAGAAGGGAUAGUUUGACAGCAAAUCAAACCCUUGCUAAUCAAAAUCUUCCAGCUCCUACUUUUACCAUUGAUCAACUUAUCAACUCAUUUGGUAAUCAAAGCCUCAACAUUACUGAUCUAGUUGCACUUUCAGGUGCUCAUACAAUUGGUAGAGCUCAAUGUAGAUUUUUUGUUGAUCGAUUAUACAAUUUCAGCAACACCGGCAACCCAGAUCCUACUCUAAACACAACUCUCUUGCAAUCAUUGCAAGGAAUAUGUCCUAAUGGUGGACCUGGCACUAAUCUCACUAAUUUGGACUUAACCACUCCAGACACAUUUGACUCCAACUACUACUCCAAUCUUCAACUUCAAAAUGGCUUGCUUCAGAGUGAUCAAGAGCUGCUUAGCGCAAAUAAUACGGAUAUCGUUGCCAUUGUCAACAAUUUCAUUAUGAACCAAACUCUUUUCUUUGAAAACUUUAAGGCGUCAAUGAGAAAAAUGGGCAACAUUGGAGUGCUAACGGGAUCACAAGGAGAAAUUCGAUCACAAUGUAAUUCUGUGAAUGGAAAUUCUUCUGGACUCACUACUACUGCCACCAAAGAAUCAUCACAAGAUAGCGUGGUUAGCUCAAUGUAAUAAAUUGGCAAAGGUUGUGCUGAAAAAUGCAGAGAUUGAAGGUACUAGCUAAUAAAAAGUUUUGUAUUUGCACAUAUAUGGCAUGUGCAUGGAAACAGAUGCGAUUGAAGAGCGAACAACUGAGCUUCAGAGAAGUCAGACUUUGGGCUUGCUUACUGGCUUUCUUUCAGUGGAUGAUUGGUAUGCUUGAUUUAUAAAUCUACUAUAGCAUUGUGAAGGUAAAAACUGUUAUUAUGACAAGCUGUGUGUUUUUUUUU